GUGAAGUGACGCAAGCUCAACUGUAGAAUUUCUACUGCUACUUUAACUUACAAGUCUUGUUGUUGGAAACAUAGAUUAUUACUUUUAUAUUAUCAAUUCAAUGGCAACGAUGAUGAUGAUGAGGAAUUACAGUCACAGAGUGAGAGCCCUGCUUUGUAAUUCCUUCUCUCAACAACUGAUCCUCUCGUCUUCCCCUUUCCAUUCCAUUCCCACUCGCAGCUUCUCUUCUUCCCACUUUGAGAGUGUGGGAUUUAUAGGGCUGGGAAAUAUGGGAUCCAGAAUGGCAAAUAAUUUACUCAAGGCUGGAUACAAAAUGACUGUUCAUGAUGUAAACUGUAAUGUCAUGAAGAUGUACUCCGAAAUGGGAGUUUCAACAAAGCAAACACCUUUUGAAGUUGCAGAAGCAAGUGACGUUGUAAUCACAAUGUUGCCUUCAUCAUCUCAUGUGUUGGAUGUUUAUAAUGGAUCAAAUGGCUUACUUCAAGGAGGAAGUCUCCUAACGCCGCGGUUAUUAAUAGAUUCAUCUACUAUUGAUCCCCAAACAUCAAGAAAGCUCUCUAUGUCUGUAUCUAAUUGCACUUUAAAGGAAAAGAAAGAUAAUUGGGAGAACCCUGUCAUGUUGGAUGCUCCUGUCUCUGGAGGUGUUGUAGGUGCAGAAGCUGGUUCACUUACUUUCAUGGUUGGUGGCUCUGAAGACGCGUAUCUUGCUGCCAAAUCCUUACUCCUUUCAAUGGGAAAGAACACAAUUUUCUGUGGUGGACCUGGAAAUGGUUCAGCGGCAAAGAUAUGCAACAAUUUGGUAAUGGCUGUUAGUAUGCUUGGAGUGUCAGAAGCUCUUGCUCUUGGUCAGUCACUAGGAAUAACUGCCAGUACUCUGACAAAGAUAUUUAACUCUUCAAGUGCUCGCUGUUGGAGUAGUGAUAGUUAUAAUCCAGUUCCUGGUGUUAUGCAAGGAGUGCCAUCUUCAAGGAAUUAUAGUGGUGGAUUUGCAUCCAAGCUCAUGGCUAAAGACCUAAACCUUGCCGCAGCAUCAGCAGAAGAAGUUGGUCUAAAAUGUCCAUUGACAUUCGUAGCACAGAACAUAUAUACAGAGAUCUGCAAGGAUGGUCAUGAAACUGAGGACUUCUCAUGUGUUUUCCACCAUUAUUACUCGGGUGAGAGUGAACUUAACUAGGUUCACAGGUGAAAGUGUACCAACAGAAAAGGAUUGAACUUUGCAGUGUAAAGCAUUGUGUUUUCCCUGAAUAAUUCUUGGUGGAUGACAGAAAUUGUAUUCAAUUUGAUAUUCUGAAGAAACUUGUGAUCAAGUUGCAAUGGUUCACGACAAUAUCCAAGUAAAAAAUGUGUUAUGUUUGUAUCCCUUGCCAUGCCUUGGUCGGCGUGAGGUGUGUGCAUAGGGUGUGCAAAUAACAAUAACAUAAACAAUAAAUGCUCUGAGGGCAGGGUGUACUCAGCCAAGAUGUGAAGGAAAACCUCUAUUGGUUUUACAACAUGACUAGUUACAAUGGCCAAUGUUGUCACCUUUUUUCUUGUUGAUCUCACAAUACUAUCACCAAAGCGGCCUUUUUUUUAGAGCACUAGAAAGGUGACGAAUGGAUUUGUUUGAGCAGAGUCUGGACAGUACCUUGUUAGAAACAUGUUAAACACAACAUUUUUUUAGUUA